UGUGGUACGUUGCCAAGCCAACGACAGAACAUCAAAAAAUGAUGAAUUACCAAUUUACAGAUAAAACAGAGAAAACAAUAGCAGAAUCCUAUUCCCUUGCCCAGAGCAGUGGUCAUAUUCAGAUUUUUCCAGUACAUAUUGCUUCAGUCUUAUUAAAAGAAGAAAGUCCUCAACUUAUACGUUUAGUGGUUGAAAAAUCAGGAGGAGAUCUUGUUAAAUUCGAGAGAGAGGUGCUUAGACUGUUUGUUCGUAUUCCGACGCAAGAAAAUCCACCUGAAAAUGUGAUGUUGUCGCCUCAAUGUAUGAAAGUAUUAAAAACGGCACAUGAGCUACAAAAGUUGCAGAGAGACACUUAUAUGUCUCAAGAUCAUCUUAUCUUAGCGUUGGCGGAAGAUCCAUCUAUUAAAAAGGCAUUAGAAGAAGCAGGAGUGACGUUUCAGCUUUUGGAUCAAGCUAUUCGAAAAAUAAGAGGGAAUCGGCAUAUAGAAUCGAAAUCAGCGGAAUUGGGUUAUGAUUCUUUAUCAAAGUAUACCGUUGAUUUGACAGAGCAAGCAAGAAAUGGGGCUCUUGAUCCAGUGAUUGGACGGGAAGAUGAGAUACGUCGUACGGUUCGAGUGUUAUCGAGGCGAACGAAAAACAAUCCAGUUUUGAUAGGAGAUCCUGGAGUUGGAAAAUCUAGUGUAGUUGAAGGACUUGCCCAAAGAAUUAUAAAUGCAGAUGUUCCAUCUAAUCUUUUUGCAUGUAGACUACUUAGUCUUGAUGUGGGUGCUUUGGUAGCUGGAAGUAAAUUUCGUGGUGAAUUUGAAGAAAGAAUUAAAUCUGUAUUGAAAGAAAUCGAAGAUUCUCAAGAAACAAUUAUAUUGUUUGUAGAUGAAAUUCAUUUGCUUAUGGGUGCUGGAAAUACUGGAGAAGGAGGAAUGGAUGCUGCCAAUCUUCUCAAACCAAUGCUUGCUAGGGGGAAGCUUCAUUGUAUUGGUGCUACAACGCUAGGAGAAUACCGUAAAUAUAUAGAAAAAGAUGCAGCUUUUGAAAGAAGAUUCCAGCAGAUAUUGGUUAAAGAACCUUCUGUUCCAGAAUGUAUUUCAAUUUUAAGGGGACUUAAAGAAAAGUAUGAGGUUCACCAUGGUGUAACAAUUCUUGAUUCUAGUCUUGUCUCUGCCGCGACUCUUGCUUCUCGGUAUCUUACUAAUAGAAGAUUACCUGAUAGCGCGAUUGAUCUUGUUGAUGAAGCAGCAGCAGCAGUUCGUGUUGCAAGAGAUAGUGCACCUGAAGAAUUAGAUAGCCUUGAACGUCAACUAAGACAACUUCAAGUUGAAAUUCAUGCUUUAGAAAGAGAAAAAGAUAAUUUAUCGAAAGAACGCUUAGCAAAAGCACGUCUUGAAAUGGAAAAUGUAGAAGAAAAAUUAAUGCCUCUAAGAGAAAGGUAUCAAAUAGAAAAACAAAGGGCCAAUGAUAUUCAGAGAGCAAAGAAAAAGUUAGAUGAAUUAAAAGCUAAAGCAAUAGAUGCAGAAAGACGUAUGGAUUUGCAAACAGCUGCUGAUUUAACAUAUUACGCCAUUCCUGAUCUACAGAAGAGAAUCGAGGACUUGGAGAUUUUAAAAGCUAAAGCAGAUGCUGAAAUAAUUGAAAAAUCAAACUGCCCAAAACUUUUACUUACAGAUGUUGUAACUACAGAUCAAAUAAAUGAGAUAGUAUCUAGAUGGACAGGAAUUCCUGUAACACGAUUAACUUUAAGCGAAAAAGAAAAACUUUUAAAAAUGGAAAAGAGUUUAACACAAUUUGUUGUUGGACAAAAGGAAGCCGUAAAGGCAGUAGCAAAUGCUAUACGACUUAAUAGAUCUGGUCUUUCUAAUCCUAAUCAACCGAUUGCUAGCUUUUUAUUUUGUGGUCCUAGUGGAACAGGAAAAACGUUAUUAACAAAACAACUAGCCGAAUUUCUUUUCGAUGAUAAAAAAGCUAUGAUAAGAAUAGAUAUGUCAGAAUAUACUGAAAAACAUUCUGUUUCUCGUUUAAUCGGCGCUCCUCCUGGAUAUGUAGGCUACGAUCAAGGUGGACAAUUGACAGAACAACUUAAAAGACGACCAUUUUCUAUAAUACUAUUUGACGAAAUAGAAAAAGCAGCACAAGAAGUUUUGACUGUUUUGCUUCAAGUUCUAGAUGAUGGUCGCUUAACAUCUGGUCAAAGUCAAACAAUUGAUGCUAAAAAUGCUAUUAUUAUCAUGACAAGUAAUUUGGGUGCUGAAUAUCUUACAAAUGCUGCUGUUACUUCUGAUGGAAAAAUUGAUGAUAUUACAAAAGCUAUGGUUAUGGAUAGCAUUCGCAAAUUUUUCAGACCAGAAUUUUUGGGACGCACAACUGUAGUUAUGUUUAAUCGACUAACAAAAAAAAAUAUGCAAAAAAUAGUCAUUAAAAGAAUUGAAGAAAUACAAAAAAGACUUGAGGAUAAUAAUAAAAAAAUAAAAAUUGAUGUUGACGAAGCUGUAAUCACUUAUCUUAGCGAAGCCGGUUAUUCUCCUUCCUAUGGAGCAAGACCUUUAAAUAGAUUAAUUCAAAACGAAAUAUUAAACAAGCUAUCCGUCUUUAUGUUGCGAGGCCAAAUCAGAGAAAAUGAAACUGUUAAUAUAUUUUUACAUGAAAAAAAAAUAUAUAUUCAGCCUAAUCAUGAAUCAACCUCUGAUACACUUGAUGAAAGUAUGGAUGAUGAAGUAAUGUCUGAAGACAUUGAUACAGAAGAAAUUUAUUAAUUUUAAUAUAUAUUUUAUUUUUUAAUACAUUUCCUUAACAUUA